AUGGGGGAUUCCGGUGGCAAAUUCAAACCGAGGUUAGGGCUGAGGCAGGGUCAGGCCAAGCUGCAGUUAGAAACUGCUGGUCGCAGGGCUGCGAAGUUUCCAUCUGGCAUAAAAUAUGAUGAGAAGUGCAUGCAGAAUUUGAUCAAGAGCCUGUGCAGUGUCCCCUUAAACCUGACCGAGCCAUCUAUCUCUGCCAGGCCCUCUGCUGUACCCUACUGUAAGCAGAAGGAGCUGAAGUCACAAAAAGCGAAACUCAUAAAGGUGACCAAGAACAAAGGAUAUGAAGUCCCCCAGCAAGCUCAUGACCUCCAGAGAGUCCACUCAGACCCAGACGCGAGGAUCCACUGUAUUGAAAAGGGGCCAAAUUUUAGAAACUGCAUGGCUGCCUCCCUCCAGAUCCAUGAAGAGAACUCGCCCAAGCUUUUGUCCUUCAACUCGAGCAACAACACACCCCACCAGCUGGUUGGCCUGCGUGACACCACACAGAAGGCCCCCAACAUCAGGAGCCUGAACCUCUCCAAAAAUGAGGUGAUGUCUGAAGGGGAGUUGGACGAGGUGAAAGGGCUGGAGCCAGAAGAGAUGUGCGCAGGCAGAAACACCCCGUGCACCACCUUCCCGGAUAAGGCCACCAACAUAAGCUCAGAUAGCAUGACACAGGUGACAAAGGCCAAUGGGCCCCAGCCCAACAACACCCACACAUCCAGGGCCAUCCCUGGGGAUGUGCUGGUCUUGUCCAGGGCCAGGCCUGGCAGAGCACUGGACACCUGGUGCGCAUGCUUCCAUGACAUGGGCCAGCUGUGUCAUUACUUGCUUUUCUCUUUUGUCUUGAUAUUUGACAGCUCCAUCCUGGAAUUGUUCCCCAAGUUAUUACGCCUGGAUAACCACGAGGUACCCCCACCCGUUGUCUUUGGCACUGAAGCCUCCAAGAAGCUACCAGUCUGCAAGGGGAGCAUCUUCGGAUCUGAGACCCUGAAGAAUCUAAUCCUAGAAUUCCUGCAGCAGUACUACUGCAUCUAUGACUACGAGGACAGGCGGGGUCUCCAGGAUGCUUACCACAAUGAGGCCUGCUUCUCGCUGGCCAUUCCCUUCAACCCUGAGGACCUGGUUCCAAGCUGGUUUGACAAAUAUUCCAAGGGGAGCAGGAAUAUAAAGAAACUCAAAGACCCCGUCCUGUGUGUUCAUUUGCUGAAACACACAAAACGUGACAUUGUUGACUUCCUCAGUGAGUUGCCCAGAACCCAGCAUGACAUCAGCUCCUUGGUGGUGGACAUGUGUGUCCAGACGGAAAAGAUGCUCUGCUUUUCUGUCAGCGGGGCCUUCAAGGAGGUGGAAGGACUGUUUCAGGCUCAUGUCCGUGCCUUUACCCGGAUCUUCAUCGCUACUCCUUCCAGCAACUCCAGCCUACGCAUCGUGAACGACCAACUGUGUGUGGGGGACGGCAGCCCCAUAGAGACCCAGGGUUCCUUCCCCACCCCAGUGCCCACACCCUCCUCCAGCCCUGUGCCUACCUUCUCGGAGAAGCAGCAGAAAUGGUGCCUUCAUGACAACAACUGGGACUACACCAGAGCCUCACAAAUGUUCACUCUGUCCACUCCUGUGCUCAAGAUCCCAGAAGACACCUUCAUGAAGUGUUCCAUGAUUCUGACAAUGAAAACUCCAAAGGAGCCAGGAUUCUGA